UACCAUAUUGUCAAUUGUCGAUAAGGUCUACUUUUUAUUGCAUUCUUAUGCCAGGAACACCUUAUUGACAACUGACAAUAAGUUACGUUUUUCGCGAAAACGGCACGUUUACAAAUCAAACUAACACACUUCUUUGUUCACAGGGCGCCCAUAGUGCAAAACAGUGUCGCAAAACAGUAUGUAGUGGACAGUGCACGACAAAUCAGUGAAAAUGACCGACAUAAUGACCGACAACGACUUGACCGACAUACCCGACAUGGCCGACGAGGACGGCUAUGAGUUCGACUCUCUGAAGAUCCCCGAAAUCGUGACUCCGGACGACAUGAACGAGUCAGGGUAUCAAGAGGGUUCGGAGAAGAGUUACGGGGAUAGGAGGGAUUCGAAGGAGGGUUUCGGGGGGGAGGGGGAUAGUGACAGCGGAGUGGACGGGGUGUCGAGCGGGUGCAGCACGGCGGACGACUGUCCCGUCGUGUCGGUGAACGACGUCGUCGCGUAUUACGACGACAUCCGGCCGCGUCGACGUCAUGUGCCGCAGCUGAACUUCUACAGCGUGGAUAUUGAGAAGAUGGCGAUGGAUGCUGUUGCUCAGGUGAGUGCAUUUUUUACACAUAUUAGCAAUUAA